AUGACUUACAAAAACUCCAUUAUCGUCACUGGUGGGACCAUUAACCUUGGUUACCAAGCUGCUCUUAAGAUAGCAAAAGAACAUCCAGACUACCUCAUCGUCAUUGCCUCCCGGUCCGAUAAAGAAAACUCCGCCCAAUCCAUCAACAAAAGUCUACAUCAAGACAAUACUAUUUUCAUGCCACUCGAUCUUUCCGAUUCGAAAAGCGUUCGAAGUUUUGCUGAGAAAUGGAUCGCUGAUUCCACGAAACCUCAAAUCAAAGCUUUGGUUUUGAACGCCGGUCUUCAAUUCCCAGCCGGUCUCGUGAUGACACCCGAGGGAUUGGAAGCAACCUUUGCCAUUGCUCAUGUGGGACACGCACUUCUUUUCUUCCUCUUGUGUCCAUAUCUCGCGCCUGAUUCCCGCGUGAUUUUUACUUCGAGCGGUACACACGAUCCUGCACAAAAGACUGGUAUGCCUGAACCCGAAUACCUUGCCGCAGAGGAUCUCGCCCACCCUCCAGAAUCCAUGAUCAAAAUUUCAGGCCGGAAGCGUUACACCACCGCUAAGCUUUGUAACGUACUAUUCGCCUACGCGCUAUCGCGUAAACUCGACGAGCGGGCCCCUGAGCGCCAUAUCACCGUUACAGCAAUGGAUCCUGGUCUCAUGCCCGGCACUGGGUUAGCAAGAGAAGCAAACAUGUUCGAGCAUUGGCUUUGGAAUUCUGUUCUGCCACACCUGAUCUGGUUGCUUCGCUUGGUUGCAAUUCCAAACACACAUACACCCGCAGAAUCAGGUGCUGCACUUGCUAGACUUGCGACUGCUGCUGAUGUUGAGGGCACGACGGGGAAGUACUUUGAAGGACUAAAUGAGAUCAAGUCGAGCAAGGAUAGUUAUGACGAGAGUAAACAGGAAGACUUAUGGAACUGGACAGUCAGCUAUUUGGCAAAGGACGAACGGGAGAAAGUAAAAUUUGAGUCACUCAAGUGA